CUGAGGUUACAAUAGGAUAAGUCAGCUAGCUGAGAAUAUUUUUCUUAGUUGAAAGCAACGAAACCACGAACUUUGCGCUAAGAUAACCAGUCUAUUGCAGUGAAGCUGGUAUUUUCAUGCUCUAUUACCGUCAGAGUGAGAACGCAUUGAUGGAUCCGCUGAUGGGAGCCUUGUAUCCUUCUAAUGGGUUCCGCUCGGACGAUCAGUCAAUAUCUGCUGUUGUAGAUCGUAGUUUUGUUUCAAGACAGACUUUUCAAAGCGCACCCGACAAAUGCGGAGAGAUGCAUCCUUUGGUUGAUGUUGCCCCAUUUUCAAAUGAUUGUCGUGAUGCACCAUACACCGAAGAGGCUGAAUUCUCUGAUGCAGUCUUCGAAUACAUUAGUCGCAUUCUCAUGGAAGAAGACAUAGAAGAGAAGACAUACAUGCUUCAAGAUUCUUUGGAUCUAUUGUCAGCUGAAAAAUCCUUUUACGAGGUCCUCGGCAAGAAGUACCCGCCUUCACCUGAGCCAAGCCGCGCUAAUUGCGUCACCUACAAUGACAAACACUCAAAUGACAGUCUCUUAGACAACACUAGAUAUACUAGCACUAACGACAGUAGGCAAAAUGGAUACAUUGCUGGUACUGGUUGGGUUCAAAAUCCAAGCAAUUACGGUACAGUGAGUUUUGAAAGAGAUAUUAGUCGAGCAACGUUUCAACCUAAUCGAGCGGGUAAUGCGCAGAUGCUUGACUUGUGUGGUGAGAGCCAAUUUGUUCGGCAGUUUAGGAUGGGGGUCGAGGAAUCCAGCAAGUUUCUUCCUAAUCAAGCAAAUACCAAACUUCUAUCUCCGAAUCCGAAUGGAAAGAUUGACAAGGCAAACCGCCUCGAUGCAUUGAAGAGGAAAGUGAGUCUCCAUAGGGAGGAAGGAAACAUGGAAGAGAGAAGUAGCAAGCAGGCUUUUGUUCAUGAAGAAUCCGAACUUCGCUCGGAGAAUUUCGACAUCGUUCUGCUUAGCAGCCAAGGGGAGGGCCUGGCCCGUCUUUUGAGUCUCCGUGCGUCGUUGAAGAACGGAGUGAACGAAAUCACACCCAAGAUCGAAGAGCCCAAAGGUGGUAGACGUCGCGGCAAGAAGAAAAGAGGGAAAGUGGAGGUAGUCGAUGUGAGGACGCUCCUCAUCCGAUGUGCACAAGCCGUGGCAUCAAAUGAUCAUAGGAGCGCGAACGCUCUGCUGAAUGAGAUCAGGAAACACGCCUCACCUUUCGGUAAUGGGACCCAGAGACUCGCUCACUACUUCGCUGAUGGUCUUGAGGCACGGUUCGCCGGCACAGGCAGCCAAAUAUAUAGAGGCCUCGUCAAUAAGAAAACAGCCGCCACUGAUAUGCUUAAUGCGUACCAGCUGUACCUUGCCGCUUGUCCAUUCCAAAGAACUUCUAAUGUCGUCUCGAACCUGACGAUAUUGGAUACAGUGGCGGAUAAGACGAGGGUUCACGUCAUCGAUUUCGGCAUUCUUUAUGGAUUCCAAUGGCCCACUCUGAUUCAGCACCUUGCCCGGAGACCUCGUCCCACGAAGCUCCGGAUCACCGGCAUAGACUUGCCUCAACCCGGAUUCAGGCCCGCAGAAAGAGUCGAGGAAACGGGUCGGCGCUUGGCAAAUUACGCUGAAAGUUUCAAGGUGCCGUUUGAGUACAACGCCAUUGCGAAGAGGUGGGAGUUCAUUAAACUAGAGGAACUCAAGAUCGAUAGGGAUGAAGUGACUAUAGUUAACUGCUUGUACCGGUUCGAGAACUUGUUCGACGAGACCAUCACGGAAGAAAGUUCGCGAGACAUUGUCCUCAACCUGAUAACAAGAGCCCAGCCGGAUCUCUUCAUCCACGGUGUUAUCAACGGGACCCACAAUGCCCCGUUCUUUGUCACCCGGUUUAGGGAGGCUCUGCAUCACUUUUCUUCUCUAUUCGACAUGCUUGACACCAUAAUACCCCGCGAAAACCGGGAGAGGAUGCUGAUCGAGAAGGAUAUGUUCGGGAGGGAGGCAUUGAAUUCGAUUGCCUGUGAGGGAUGGGAGAGAGUGGAGAGACCGGAGACGUACAAGCAGUGGCAAUUACGCAACCUGAGGGCCGGGUUCGGGCAGGUGCCCUUAAGCAGGAAGGUAGUGCGGUUCACGAUCGACCGGAUCGUUUCGAGCUACCACAAAGAUUUCGUCGUAGACGAAGUCAGCAAGUGGCUGUUGCUAGGAUGGAAAGGACGGUUUCUAUGCGCCCUUUCUACUUGGAAACCGGCACAGCGAGAUCGGUAUGCACAUAGUUGAAGGAGCAAAAAUGAGGUCGUCGCUACAGCAGCCGUCAAAAAUCAAAAGAUGACUGGGGACAUCAGAAUCACGGUCAGGAUUCUCCUGAACAUGUAUAUACGUGGGAUUUACCAGAUGUGUGAAUGGU